GGGAGGAGCAGGUGGAGCGGGCGCGGCUGCGGGGGACACCGGGAGGCCUCGGCGACACCAUGAACAGCGGCGGCGCCAACAUCACCUAUGCCAGUCGCAAGCGGAGGAAGCCGGUGCAGAAAACAGUAAAGCCAGUCCCGGCUGAAGGAAUCAAGUCAAAUCCUUCCAAGCGACAUAGAGACCGACUUAACACAGAACUGGACCGCUUGGCUAGCCUGCUGCCCUUUCCACAAGACGUUAUUAAUAAGCUGGACAAACUUUCAGUCCUUAGGCUCAGCGUCAGUUACCUGAGGGCUAAGAGCUUUUUUGAUGUUGCACUAAAAUCUGCCCCUGCUGACAGAAAUGGAGGCCAGGAUAAGGGUAGAACAAAAUUCAGAGAUGGCCUGGACUUGUGUGAAGGGGAGUUCUUACUACAGGCUCUCAAUGGCUUUGUGUUGGUUGUCACCACAGAUGCAUUGGUGUUUUAUGUGUCUUCUACCAUCCAGGAUUAUCUGGGCUUUCAGCAAUCUGAUGUGAUCCACCAGAGUGUCUAUGAGCUCAUCCACACUGAAGACCGGGCCGAAUUUCAGCGUCAGCUACACUGGGCACUGAACCCAUCACAGAGUGUGGACUCUGGACAAGGAAUUGAUGAAGCCCAUGGCCUCUCACAUCCAGCAGUUUAUUAUAGCUCAGAACAGCUUCCUCCAGAAAAUUCUUCAUUCAUGGAACGGUGCUUCGUAUGCAGGUUGAGGUGUCUACUGGAUAACUCAUCUGGUUUCCUGGCAAUGAAUUUCCAAGGGAGAUUAAAAUAUCUUCACGGGCAAAACAAGAAAGGGAAGGAUGGGGCAAUCCUCCCUCCGCAGCUGGCUUUGUUUGCAAUAGCUACUCCCCUGCAGCCGCCGUCCAUACUUGAAAUUCGAACCAAAAAUUUUAUCUUUAGAACCAAACACAAGCUGGACUUCACACCAACUGGUUGUGACGCCAAAGGGCAGAUUGUCCUGGGCUACACUGAAGUAGAGCUCUGCACGCGGGGAUCAGGAUAUCAGUUCAUCCACGCGGCCGACAUGCUCUACUGUGCGGAAUCCCACAUCCGCAUGAUUAAGACUGGAGAAAGUGGCAUGACAGUUUUCAGGCUUCUUGCAAAGCAUAAUCGGUGGACAUGGGUCCAGUCUAAUGCGCGGUUAGUUUAUAAAAAUGGAAGACCAGAUUAUAUCAUCGCUACUCAGAGACCUCUGACAGAAGAAGAAGGAAGAGAGCAUUUACGCAAGCGGAGCAUGACGCUGCCCUUCAUGUUCGCCACGGGCGAAGCUGUGUUGUACGAGGCCUCCAGCCCCUUCUCUUCCGUGAUGGAUCCUUUACCACUACGGACUAAGCCCAGCACUGGUGGAAAAGACUGCACCACCCCGUCACUCUCAAAUAAGGAGUCUCUCCAUCCCAGUUCCAUCAUAGGUGCCAUUAUGCACCAAGAUGAGUCUAUCUAUCUCUGUCCUGCUUCCAGCACUGCACCGUUGGAAAGGAAUUUGUUUAAUGACUCCCUGAGCGGAUGCAGUCACUGGCAAGAUACUAUUGCGGCAACAGGAAAUGACACUAUGCCGAAACAUGAGCAAAUUGGACAUUGUCAGGACAGGAACCCUGCCUUCGCUGCAGGUCAUACAGGGCUUUCUCCAGAUAAUAAACAUAGUGAAUUGUAUAGCAUAAUGAAAAACCUAGGAGUAGAUUUUGAUGACAUCAAAUGCAUGCAGAAUGAGGAGUUUUUCAGAAGUGACUUUUCUGGUGACGAUGACUUUAGAGACCUUGAUCUGACUGAUGAGAUCCUGACGUUCGUCCAGGAUUCCUUAAAUAAGCCUACCUUCCUGAGUGCAGGGAGCCAGCAGCCGCAGCCGCAGCCGCAGCCGCAGCCCGGGCCUCUGACCUCCAGCUGCAUGCUGCAGCCCCAGCCGCAGCCCCAGCCGCAGCAGGCAGCCGCGGAGCCCCACCAGCAGCUCUGUCAGAAGAUGAGGCACAUGCAGGUCAACAGCAUGUUCACAAACUGGAACUCGAACCCCACCGUGCCUUUCAGCUGCCCACAGCCAGACCUGGGGCAGUGCGGUGUCUUCUCGGGCAUGCAGAGGACUGGUCAGGAGUUUCCCCACAAGCCUGAGAUGGACGCUCUGCCUUACACACCGAACUUCAUUCCCUGCAGUCAGUCUGUGUUACCACAGCAUUCCAAGUGUACGCAGCUGGACUUCCCUGUAGGGAAUUUCGAACCAUCCCUAUACCCUAGUAUGUCCAAUAUAGAAGAUUUUGUUACUUGUUUACAAGCUCCUGAAAACCAAAAUCAUGGAGUGGUUCCCCAGUCGAGCGUGGUCACUCCACAGACGUAUUAUGCUGGGGCUCUGUCAAUGUAUCCUUGCCAGCCAGAAGCGCAGCAUGCCCCUGCGGGGCCCAUGCACUACAGCCCCGCGGGUCCCGGCCCCCAGACUUUUCUGCACAAGUUUCAGAACGGAGAUGUUUUAAAUGAAACCUACCCGGCUGAAUUCAGCAGCACAAGUCACCCUCAGGCUGCCGUGGGUCUCCAGCCCCUUCAUCAUCCAGCUGAAGCCAGGCCUUGCCCUGACCUCACACCCAGUGGAUUCCUGUAAUCAUUCAAGCCCAUUUUCACCUUGCUUCUUGGAUCAAAUUAGUUUUGAAGGAUCACAGGACACUAAGAUAGUUAAUGUACAUCAGCAUUUAUUCCAAACCAAUUUUUAAUCUUUGUAUUUAGAAAAGAAGAUUAAAAAAUAAUGUCAUUGCUUAUGCCUGAUAUUAAAAAUAACAUGUACUGGGGGAGUGGCUGAAUCUCUCGUCAUUCUGCCACCACAGAGCGUGCACAUGGCUCCUGUCAGGGUGCUGUAGGACUCUUGGAGUUAGAGGGGUCUCCCCUUGCAUGAAGUACUGUGAUUUUAUCUUCUGGAUUCUCAUUAAUAUACCAAAUACAAAGUUACAGGACUAAUUGAUUUCCCUAUAUUUUUAGCGUCUGCUUUUCUCUCAGAUGUUAAAUGGUUGGUGCUUUUAUAAGAAGAUAGUUUCAAGGCUUGCUUUCUGCACUGUCAAUCCAAGUGCCUCACGUUGUCUUCUACCUUACACUGUAAGACGGAUAUUUUAUAGAAAAUGUUCUUUUCCUCUUGUAAAAUUAAUAUUCUUUCUGCACAAAUAUUAUUGAAUUUCUUAAAUCCAAUUAUUUUUGUUAAUUCAGGCACAUUUUAACUGCACUACUCACCCACUUUCUUCAAGUAAAGGGCAAAUAUUGAACAAAAAGAUAAUUAUUUAUUAUGUAAUAUAGUUGCUUCUAGACUUUCAAUGUUGCUAUGUGCCUUAUGUUGAAAUAUUUGAAAGUGAAAUGUUUCCCAAAUUAUUUCUUAGUUAUUACAAGUAUAUUAAAAGAGUAGCACUUAACUUUCAACAGUAAUUAGAAGAGUGACAUAAUAGCACUGUUGACUGUCACUGAAAUCUCCACCGUGAUAAUUGAAUGUUACAGGAUGAAAAACUGCAGAUAAAUGCAGCCAUGUUCAUCAAAUUGCAAUGAAGAAGAGAAGUAGAAGUUUUGUCUAGUUCUAGUUAAGUUAUGCAAAGCACUUAUUUCAUUGUAUAUACAUUGUCUUUUAAAACUAUCUUGGAUCUAUAAUCUUUUAUUAUGUAUCAUAUUGACUUUUAAAUUUCACUCUUUAAAAAAAGUGGAAGCUAUUUGUUUUUCUCAUAUUUGAGGAGUGUUAAGAUUGAAGAUAGCAAUGUUUGGUGCAAAGUAUUGUAAUGAACAAGUUAGUGCACUGUAUAAAUAUAAUGAACAAAAUUAUUUGUAAAAUAUUCUCAUUAUUUCAUUUAAGAAUAGGCCAUACCUCAUAUAUAAACAUAAUUUGUAUUUUACAUAUCAUAUCAGUGACUGUUCUGAAGAAACCAAAUAAUAAUUAAACUGCUUUUCAUUGGUAUUAAGAAAAAGAUAAACACAGUUUGUUUACCUCCAUUCUUUAAGUUGUUUUAUGACAUCAUAAUCUUUACCACCAAGAAGUCAAAUUAAUUACCCUACCAAAUUUAUUGCUCUCAAAUGAUUUCAAGAAAAAAAAAAAAGGCUGGUCCUUGCCAUUGCUUUUUUCAGACAUAGUAUCUGAAAGGAAUAGAAUUACUUUCAUAUAUUAUUUAAAAAUCUGAUGGGAUCUCAAACUGAGAUAUAUUAAAACACAUUUUAAUUUCUUUAUAUUAAAUGUUCAUAAUCAUGGCUUGGGGUGAAGGAUCUCCCAGUUCUUUGCAUUUUCAGUCAAAACUCUGAUGAGGUGCUGAAAAAUUUGUCUAAAGCAUUUCAUAAUUUAUUUUCAGCAUGAGGUAUCCCUAAAGAUUUAGACCAGUGGUCUAGGUUAGUAUUCUAAUUUUCACAUUUAAGCUUUUUAGUAAAAUCUUCCUGUAAACUAUUUUUGUUAGUGUCUUCCAUAUGUUACCAGAUGAAUUGUUUAGUUUAAAAAAUAUGCUUUUAAAAAUUGUGAAUAUGAUGACAUUCAAUUAUACACUUAUUAAAUUUUAAAAGCAAUAUUGUAUAUUUUUAUCUAUAUAAAUAACUAAAAAAUAAUAACAAUAAAAUCACAUUAAACCAAAUAUACCUUUGUCUGUAUUGCUAAGUGCCAAACAGAAAGAAUCAUAACUACCCUCUUACAAUGAGGGAUUUCUUUCUAGAUAAAAUGUACAUCUCAGGUUGUGGUCUAAUUGAGCAUUCCCUUCCCAUGUUGUUCCUACAGAUACCUGAAGAUUUAUCAGCUAUUCCAAUGUAUUACAAAACUUUUGUCAUUACUAUGCACAAACUUGCAUUUUCAGUAUUAAUAGGUUUUAGGUAUAUUAUCAUAGCUUUUUAGUGUCCUUCAAACUGUUACUGCUUAUAGAUAACAUGCAUAGAUUUUUGUUUACUUAUCCUCAAAGAAAAAUGUAAACU